AUGUCAAAGAACAAAAGUGUUGGAUCCACUUUUGACAGGUUACCAUGUGCCACAUCGACCCGUGACACUCUGUUCAUCAGAAACCUGUCUAACUUGACAAUAAACAUUGACAGAUUUGUGAUAGUCGACAACAAGGGAGUGCGACGCAUAGCAGAGUGGGUAGUGUCUCCGCAAAAGAAAGCCGAAUGCAGUGCGCUGCAAACUAUACUGCCGGCUAUCUUUUCUCAUAUCAAACAAAUUGUCAAAUUGCGCCACCGCACUUUGGCAAUUAAGAUUGAGAAAAAGCGGUCGACCGCGGCUACAGCCGAUGUCGAGAUGGCCGACGCGACCAAACCAGGUCCGUCGAUUCAAUCCCUUAUUGAUAAGGGCUUGAAUGCACGUCUUAAGAAGCUCAACCUUGGAUAUACUUCGUCUGGCCAGAGUUCGUCCAAGGCUCCUCAACCUCAGGCCAAGAAAACUGGCCCUUCGAAACCCAAGUCGUCGUCGACGCCUUCGCAACGCAAGCCUCAAACCAAGGCUUCCAACAAGGUCGACAACAAGAAGAAAGGGAAGGGGAGAGCUCCCGUCAAGAACAACGAUCCAAAGGGAAAGGGAAAGGCAAGAGCCUAA